AUGGUUUUUUUUAAGCUUUGAAGGAAUUGGAAAACAACAAAUUCGAGCAGAAGUGGCGGAAUACCGAACAUGUCGAAACUCGCAGCAAUUCCCGAAGCUCCAAGAAUCUCUCCUGCCAUGCCUGAGUCCUGGGUUAAGGACACCCAGGAUUUCCUACAAAAUCUCGGAGACUUCCCGAAGAUUGCAGAAGUUGACAGGAACAAGGUUACUUAUAACAAUCUGAUUCGAAGCCUUCUUAAGGUCGAGAGGAUUGAACGCGGCCGCGUCAUUUGCCUUCUCUCCAUCAAGCCCCCUGUCCUGAAUUACUACGGCUCGUUGCACGGAGGGGCAGUUGCGGGGAUUGCCGAGUUGGUGUGCACAGCUUGCGCUCGAACUGUUGCCGCUGAGGAUAAGAAAUUGUUUCUAGGGGAAUUGGCUUCGAGUUAUCUCUCGGCAGCCACACCUAACGUGGUGGUGGAAGUUGAUGGAUCCAUAGUGCGGCAUGGAAGAAAUGUGACAGUAACCUCCGUUGAGUUCAGGAAUAAGCAAACCAGGAAGCUGAUUUACACUGCCCGUGCAACUUUCUAUAACUUGCCAGUCUCAAAUUUGUGAAAAUUUCUGUGGCUUAACCAAUUGUGAAUGUUCUUUAGGUGAAAUAUGGUAAAUCGAUAAAGUGCAGACUCAGAAAGCUGCUAUGAUUAUGUAAAAGGUGUAGCUAUAACAUUGCUACAAUUGCCACCAAUGGAUAUUAAGCAU